AUUUUGUAAACAUGGCGAGAAGAAACAGGGAUGCAACUUCUGCGGAGGAAAAAUAUUACGGAACAUGGAAGAUCGUUGAGUGUGUGUCGUUAGCAGGAUCAGUUGAUACGAGUGGAAUAGAAGGGUGUCAGUUUCAACUAUAUGAAAACAAUGAUGUUUCGUGGAAGGUACCAGAUGGAUCAGAAAUCAUGCCAUUUUUUAACUCUGAUACCUAUGAGUUUGUCAAAAGAAUCAAGCCCAUGAUAGGAGGACAUGAGACAGAUGUUACUUCCCUAAAAUUUUUUGGAACUUGUGCAGAGCAUGUCAUUGAAUUUAAAGUGAAGACCUCUGAUGAUCUGAUGCUUUUAACAUGUGAACGCUGUUGUAUACUUCAGUGUCAAAAGAUGAAGUCUGAGGAUGUUGAACUGGACAAUCCAUAUUGUUUUACACCUGCCCUAGAAGAAGGCUUUUUCUCUGAUGUGGUCAUCAAAUCGAAGAGUGGCAGAGAGUUUAAACUUCAUUCCAUUCUUCUGAAUCUGGCAGUUCCUGGUCACAACUGGAGGUUAUCUCCCUUGAAUGGUAUGCGAGACAAUAUCCUGAGCACAGUUUUCCAUUAUUUGUACAAGGAAUGUCUGCCCCCUGGACUGUCAGAGGACACAGCUAGGGACUGUAUCAAAACUCUGUCUGACAUGAAAGAGUUUGACACCUUCAUCAAGCUUUGUCAGACUUUUCUAAGGAAUACAGCAUUAAGGCACCAAAUUGUGAGUCUUAUAGAUGAUAUGCAUGCAUGUGCCAACAGAAUAAUUGAUUUAUUCAAAUGUAAGAAGCCUCACAGUAAAGGAAUGAUGCCAGAAGAUGCAUUAGUAGCCAAUCCCCAGAAAUUAUGUUAUGUCAUUAAACAAGCAGCCCGCGAGGGAGCUGUAGCAUGUUCCAAACUGGUGCUUCUAUGUGAUCUGUUUGCCAGGAGAAGUGGGGAACUACCUCAAGAAGAAAGACAUGAUAUUAUUAGAUAUGCACAUUCCAGAUUACCCAUAUUUAUCAAGCAAGUGCAAGAAUUUUUUGAAGUCUUUGAGUACCAGUUAAUGCUAAUGGGACCAGAUCAAAAACAAGAGAUAGCCAGCUAUAUACUGCCUGAGAUUGAGGAAUCCAUGACUCUUUUGACUACAUUUGUGGAGGAAUUUCAGACUGCGCUUGAUGUUGCAAUUACAACAAACAUAUCAGAGAAGGAGAAGGUGGAGAAGAAAGACAAACAGAAGAAGGAGCAUGUGAAGGACAUCCUCAGUAAAACCCUGAAACAUGCUUUACACGUCCGAGAGUUAAAGAAGCUAAGAAAUAUGCAUGAGGCAGCAACAGUCAAACUGGAGAUGUUUUUGAAAAAGAUGCAUGUUUUUAGUAAGAAGACAGAAGCAGAAAAGAUUCCAUUGAUAGUGUACUUGUUAGAUGCUCUGAAGAACAAUGAGGCUCCUCUUUUUGUGGACAGAAUGCAGCACUUGGCUCUUGUUCUAGAAGAAAAAUACAAGUGGAAGGAGUGGAAGUACAUGUUCAAAUUGAGCUCCUCUAAAAUUGCAUGGGGUGUGCAUAAGCUAAGAAGCUAUAGAUCAACUUUGGACAAAAGUAUAAAACAGAUGGUGGAUCUGGUCAACAAGGGGGAUUUCAAAGCAACAGUUGCAUCUCUGGGUCUCCUGGAUACCAAGGGGGACACCUCCACAUCUGAUUUAGACACAAAAUAUGCUAGGUUGAGUUCUGUAGAAUCUCUCUGUAUUCCUCCGCCAUCAAGAAGAAGUGUGCUGGCACAACGAGCGUUAGAGUUGUUUAAGAAACAACAAAACACAGACAUGGUUUUUGAAAUCAUUCUUGUUCGAGAUAUGGGCGACAUAGUCAUUGACCACACCCACGGUGGAGACCCCAUAGAGAGACAGGAGGAUGACCAUGAUAUGGAGAUCCAUCAGAUCCCGGCCCACUGUGUGGUGCUAGCCGCUCGCUGUAACUGGUUCUCUCGUGCUCUUCUAAGUGGCAUGAGAGAAUCUAUAGACAAGAAAAUAACAAUACAUGACACAAACCCAGAGAUCUUUUCCAUGUUUUUGGAGUUCUUGUACUGUGGCCACAUUCAAUUGAACUCAUUGUCAACAGAUCAGCUGACAGAGUUACUAACCUUAGCAGAUAGAUAUGAGGUUGCCGAUCUUGGGCGGGUGUGUGAGCAUGGGCUGUUACAACACGUGGACACGGACACCGCCCUCUGUCUCCUCAGCAUUGCUGACCAAUUCCAAAGCACAACCCUCAAGGAUAAAGUGCUGAAUUUUUUAAGAAACCACCCUGAUAUAAAGAAUGGAGAAGUAUUUGUUCAGCUUCCCCCACAUUUACGUGCAGAAAUAGAAGAUGUCAUUCAAGAAGAUGAAAUGGAGACAGCAAGUUCGUCCAGUGUGGAUGAUGUGGAGGAGAUGGUUGGACGGAUGCAGGUGUCUUCCAGGAGAUAUUCCUCUUCUUCAUCCUCCUCUUCAUCGAGUUAUGUGGAAUAUGGUGAACUUGCGACAGAUCAGAAUCGAUUGGCAGAUUGUAUCGCUGGCUUGCGUGGUGUUAUCGGUGACGACGUGCCAGAGGAAGACCUCAUACAGUUCGCCUUGGCGGCUGAUUACGAUGUCAGUCGUGCCAUCAAUUUUUACUUCCAGUCAUCUUGAAUAUAGACUUUGUCUCAGAACCGGUUAUUUAUGGCUGGAUUAUUCUAUAUAAGCUACAUGCUUUUAAAAUUACUUAAGGUACCUCACUACACCUACACUUAUACACUUAUAAGACACUUCGUCACAAGAUUACAGGCAAUUUAAAUGUUUUGUUAAUCUGUUUAGAUUGUUCAAUUAGGAUGUAUAUCAUCGUAGCUCAGUGGUUAAAGUAUUGAGAUUCUAAACUGCAGAUCAUGAGUUCGAAUCCGCCUGGAGCUUUUGUUCAUGUUAACUGAAUUAAAUUUUUGAAAAUGUAAUUUUUCAUCCAAAAUUGCACAUUUUUUUGCCUAUUAGACUUAAAUACAAAUUCUUCUUAUCCAUUAUGAUAUAUAUCAUAAUCAAGUAAUUUUCUGUUGAUUUAAGAAAAUAUUUCAUGGUGUAGUGAGCCACCUUAAGUGUAGGGCGCAUUUAACAUGUUAAAAAGGAAUUACUGCUUUUAAUUAUGUGAUGAGUAGUUUUGGAAAUUAAAAAACUUCAAUUUUUAUGUAGAUCAUAUUUAGUGUUAUAUGACACAAAGAUAUUCAUAUGAAGACAUGAUCUAAUGGCCUUAUUCUUAAAUUUUAAACCGGUUAUUUAAAUAAAAAACUAGGUAAGAUGUUAAAAUUUUAUGUAUAGGAGAGUUUAAAUUGUUUUGCAAUUUGAUCCAGUGCAUUUUAGUGUAAUGCUAAUUAAAUCCUAAUUUUCCAGAUGAUUAAUAAAGACUUUUUAUGUUUUUUUAGAAAUUAAUCAUGUCUUUGAAUUUAUGAAUCUUGAAUCAGCUUUGUAUAGGAAUAUCCAUGUUAAACAUAAUUCUGCGUGCAAUGUAUGUUCACUUUGUUGAUCUCUGAUGGUCAUGGUACUUCUAUACAUUCUUGUAUAUUAUUGACAACCUCUAGUCAUUGAUCCUUGUUGUUCAGAUUACAUCUUUUAAAUAUAUGUUUAUGGAGAAAUUUUGUUGAAUUGUUUUAUAUAAAGUCUACAACCAUUAUAUAAAUAGUGCCUG